UGAUAGUAUUCUGUACAUAGCUACUUGUAAAUGUAACUCAUUAAACAUAGUUAUUUUUCUAGAGAGAAACUACUGAACUAUUUAUUUUUAGUAUCUUUUACCUGAAUAUGUGAUGUUAAGCAGUAGAUGGCAGUGUAGAGUAAUAGGAAGCCAUGGAUGUUGUGUUUACUAAUCUGCUCCAGUUUCUCUUCCUGCACCCGCCAGCUAACCUACAUUCCUGCUGACAGCAGAGAUUCUAAUAGUGCUAAAGAAAUCCCAACUGAGGUGCUGAGGCAGCGGGAGGCCAAAUGGCUGGAGAUGCUCAACAGCUGGGACAAGUGGAUGGCCAAAAAACACAAGAAGGUGAAAGAGCGCUGUCAGAAGGGGAUCCCUCCGUCCCUGCGCGGCCGAGCCUGGCUCUACCUCACUGGGGGCAAAGUAAGAAGGGAGCAAAACCAAAGAAAAUUCCAGGAACUGGACAGUCAGCCAGGAGAUCCUAAAUGGAUAGAUAUUAUUGAGAGGGAUCUUCAUCGACAGUUCCCCUUCCAUGAAAUGUUUGAAGCGAGAGGAGGUCACGGGCAGCAAGACCUGUUCCGCGUGUUGAAGGCUUAUACUCUGCAUCGGCCUGAAGAGGGUUAUUGUCAGGCUCAGGCUCCCAUCGCUGCUGUUCUCCUGAUGCAUAUGCCAGCCGAGGAUGCAUUCUGGGUUCUUGUUCAGAUUUGUGAGAAAUACCUUCCUGGAUACUACAGUUCAGGGCUGGAGGCGAUCCAGCUGGACGGGGAGAUCCUGUACGCUCUGCUGCGGGGGGUGUCUCCUGUGGCCCACCGUCACCUGAAGAAGCACAAGCUGGAGCCCAUUCUGUACAUGACCGAGUGGUUCAUGUGCGCCUUCUCUCGGACUCUGCCGUGGUCCUCGGUGCUGCGUGUCUGGGACAUGUUCCUUUGUGAGGGAGUAAAGAUCCUUUUUCGAGUUGGCCUGGUUCUCCUGAAAUGCACGUUGGGAUCCCAAGAGAAACUCAAGGCCUCUCAAGGUCUCUACGAAACAAUGGAGCUGCUGCGAGCUAUACAGCCGCAGUACAUACAAGAAGGCUUCCUGGUGCACGAGGUUAUUGAGUUAGUGGUGUCUGAGAAAGAAAUUGAGAAGGAACACCAUGCUCAGCUGCGGCGCUGGAAGGAGACUCACGGUGAUCUACGUUGCAAGUCCCCACCCAGGAUGCACGGCGCUAAGGCCAUCAUGACUGCCGAGCCGCCCAGUCGACAGGACCUGAGACAGAGGCCCACCAUCAUCGUGCAGUCUCCCCUGGCUUCCAAGACGGACGGGGAGACAGGAAAAGACGCCAAGAAAAGGGAAAAGACUAAAGGGGGAAAACAGAAGAUCACAAUGCUACCGCCAGUGGAGACUGUUAAUCCUUACCUUCAUCCCAGUGACCCCUCGCCUCCCCUCAAACACAUGACUGUACAAGGGUCCAAAGAGAGUCUAAGCAGCGCCGAGCAUGACACUUACCUGUAGCGGGGUAAGUGUCAGCAGUUUACUAACAUGAAUCAUUCCUCGCAGCCUUUACUAACAUACUAACGCUCACAGAAUGACAAAAGUAGUCGUGACUGUGACAGAUUUUUUUGUAAAAUGGCUAUUUUUACAAUCAAGAAAAAAGUAAUUAUAUUUUCAAAGCUGGCUGGAAUGCCAUCGCUCAGACUACUCAGUCACUGUUCACUGACGCAUCAGCACGGGUCGCGGGUGUCUGCAAGCGAGGUCACACCAUCAGACUCGCGGAUCCCAUGCUGCAGGUUUUCGCCUGUGCACAUCCAACAUUUUCAAACUACUCUGAUGGGUGGAGAAAGUAGAGAACUUUGAGAAUGUCUAUUUGCCGCAAAGACAAACCCACACGGACUGUAAAAUAUCAAAUGUUUGCUCGUCACGAGUCCGCGUCAGCUCAUGUCCAUGCGACCGUCUGUGUGGAAAGCAUAAAAGAGCUGAAAUACUCAACACAUUUUCAGUGUCAAAUCAUUUAUACAGGUUUCUAUUUACUCCACUUUUAACUAAGUGGAACUCAGAAAUGUGUAAUUGCAGGGAGCAACAAUAGAGGGCAACUAUUAUGCCAUGGGGUUUUGGAGCUAUUUCAGCUAUAUAGUGCUGCAGGGAUGGCGUAUGUUUGUAGGCCAACCUGGGUGUUAGCAUCGCCCUGGUUCCCUCGACAGAAAGCCAUUUUGGGAUAUUUUUAAUUGGAUUUUGGAUGGAUUUCUGAUGCUACACCUUUUGUUCAGCAAGAUAAUCUUCACAAGAUCAUAACUUUUAGGAUUUUUGAAGCGUAAGUGCAAUCUCCAGAUGUAAAAAGUUAACAAACUAACAACUAACACACUACACCACUAAGUAGAUGAAAUUCUGUGCGCGAUGACGUCUCAUGUCCCCGACAACCUCUGUAGUCUUAUUUAGCUUUAAAAUUCCUGAGUGAGUCUAUUUACUAACGUAUUUUAUGUCCUAGAGCAAAACGGGAACAUCUUUAAAGCUUGUGUGAACCACAGACUUUAUUUAGACCAAAAACCCAUUGACUUCGAAACGAGGGAACCGGAAGAGCGAAAGUGCUGACUCAUUCCUGCCCCGCUCUAUUAAGUUCAUAUGAAUGAACAUGUGGGACAUACAGUAAACUCAGUAACUCACUGUUAACAGCUACUGCUGUUAUUUACUUCCUUACAUUUACCUCUUAGUUUCUUUCCUUUAUUAUAAAUGAAGUCUGAUUUUGUCUUAAUUGAUGAGGUCUUUUCUAGCGCACUUUGCCUUUUAUAGUCUUCCUCUUCGCCAGUAGUUAGUCAUAACGUUGCCAACACAGAGAUUCGUAUUUACCCUGCUUUGCUAGACUCGCACUAAUUUGCACAGUCGUUAGACUGUUCAUGCCGCAUCCAGGAGUUUGUCUUUGCUGUUGUUGAACACUUGAGGGCGUCCUGAGCUCAUUUACAGCCGCAGGGACCAGCAGCCGUCUCUGCGAGAGCAGAAGCUGACACGAUGAAGGAAGAAGUGUGCAGGGACAUUUUGUGCCACGAAGCCAAAGAUUUUUGAAUACAUACUUUUUAAGAUAUAUUUUGUCCAAGCAGUUUAUUCAAUCAUAUUGUGAUACAGUAUUUGGGAGAGGAUCCUGUUUAUAUUUAUGUCGUGAAUGAGAUUUGGUAAAAUUGUUAAUCAAAGCUUCUUUUUUUACAAUCAUGUUUAAAGUUUUGUGAGUAAUUUAGACUUAAAUGUAUCUGAUGUUCCUAUAAAGACAUUUUUUGUAUCUCUGCAACCUCCGAAUCUAACCUCCAAUACAAACGCUUAAUAUGCUCCCCCCCCCCCCCCCCCCCCCCCAUAUUUAUUUUUCUUUGUUUUACAUGUUAAACCAGGAAAUCCCACUGAAAUGUGCAGCAAUACCUGGUGUUAUGUUUGAUGACAAAACUGCUUUGAAUAAGUAUAAGAAAUACAAAAACUGAUGAUGAAGUACAAGUAAUGUACAAUUAUAAUAACAAUAAACUCCAAGUCCAGGAAAGGCAUUUAUUAGCAGUUGGAUGUGUAACUGUAUAGAUGUUGUGGGUAUAUGUUCAUUUUAAGUAUAUACAACGGGUUUAGGUAGCACUGUGACGCAUUUACAUAAUUAGAUUUUUAAAAUGUUCUAAUCUGUAGCAAGAACAUAAAUGACAUUUAACCAACGUGCAGCUCAGAGGUUGAGUUUCUCCCCGGAGCGUUCUAUACUGUCAUGUAGAUGGUGCCACUGAGCUUCAUCCAGGGAUGCAAAUGAAGGAUACAAGAUAUACAGGAUGUGGUUUGGCAUCUAAAAACUUUGUUGAUUUUUUUUUUUUAAAUAUUUUGAAUGUAGAGAAGCUGCUUAUUACUAAUCAUUGCAACUAUUAUGAUUUAAAGAGAAUGUUGUUUAAGCCUGGGGCUUGUAAAUGUGCAACUUAUCCUGCUGCGGACUUUAUUUCUGAUCUGUCUGAUACCAAAUUACAUUUAAAUCAAUAAAAUAAAAUAAAAUCAAACUUCA